AUGACAGCUUCACGACCAACAACCGCUCGACACAGUCAGCCCAAUCAAUCAAGCAAUGUACUUGCAAAGCGAACCCGUGGUCCCAUCAACAAACGCGCAUGUCAACGUUGUCGACAGGGUAAAAUAAAAUGUGAUGGUGACGCAGAAUCUGGAAAACCCUGCAGCAACUGCGACCCUCAACAUUGCAAAUAUGACAACUCGCCUCGCAAGAACAAACAGGUUGAGUUGUUAAAACACCGUCUCACAGAAGUCGAGGUUCAGUUGGAAUCAAUCACGCGUGAAAUUGAUGAAAAACUGACAAUAAAGGAAUUGGAGAAAGAAAUUCUCUGUAUGUUGUAUGAAUCCAAAGAACAUUUCAACUCUCCAGAGCUUUUACAGCUUUUCAAUGAGUUAAAGGACGCAAUUAGAUUUGGUCGAUGCAUAAAACCUAUUUUGGUCAUCACCUAUGAGCUAUUAACAAGGCUCCCUGAUCCAAAGAAUAUUGACUACAUUCCGAGCAUCAUGCAAAGUUUACAACGAUUUGUCGAUUGUGCAAAUUCGUGUGAGAAGGGCGCAUCUAUUUCAACGACAUCGUCUUCCAAUGAGCUCAUGAACAGAAUUGAAGAAAACGUUCAGUCGGGAGUUCAAACAUUUGAUAGCCACUUACCGGUGGUCUCGCCGAUGAUACCAAUUUCUUUUCCAAUCACAUCGUCGCUUAAUGAUACAGAAGAUCAGGUUGAGAUGCCCCUUAAUUUGCAUUCAUCUUCUGAUGAAUCUGAGAUCGCUUCUGGAAGUUACCCAUUAACCAAUUACUCAUACUACCCUUAUUAUGAAUAUUUGCCAAUAGAUGAAACGAACACAACAUCACCAACGGAUGAUGUUAGUUUCGGCAACUUCAGUAACUGA